AUGUCGUUUUCUGAGAGGAGGAAAAAAUCCGGCUUUGUGGUUCCAAAAUUAGACAACGACAGUCCAGGAUAUUAUAAAGGCACUAGCUCCUUUGAAUCAGAAAAUUUUGAGGCAGAAAUCAUCCGUGAAUCCGCUGAUUAUGGAGAACUUAAACUCAGAUCAGACGGUACAAUCUUAUUCUCUCAAGAAUAUCCAGUUGUUACACUUGCUGAUCUUAAAUUCCAUGAACAAUUAGGACAUGGUGUUCAAGGAACAGUUUAUAGAUGUACUCACAUUCCUUCAGGAAAAGAGUUUGCUGUCAAAAGUAUCAAAUAUCAAGAUAAAUCUCAAUUACAAAAGACUGUUGAUGAAAUUCAUUCGCUUCGUAUUUUACGUCAUCCAAAUGUUGUUCAUCUCUUCUCAGCAUUUGCACAAAAAGGAUCCAUUCACAUACUCAUGGAUCUUGUUAACGGUGCAUCGCUUGGAGAUUACUUAAAAUACUCGCCAAUUAUCCCAGAACCGGCUUUACAUGAAAUAACUGUUCAAAUGAUUGCUGGUUUGCGCUUUUGCUGCAAGAAUCAUAUUAUACAUCGAGACAUAAAGCCAUCUAAUGUCAUGCUUUCUCUCGACGGUCGUAUUCAAAUUGCAGAUUUUGGACUUGCACGUCAGCUCCGUGAUACUGGCGAUUUUGCACAGUCAGUUAUUGGAACUACCUGCUACAUGUCUCCAGAACGUAUAAGAGGCCAGUCUUAUGGUCUUAAAAGCGACGUUUGGAGCCUUGGAUUAAUUUUGUAUCAAUCAUGCAUUGGUAGAUAUCCAUUCGGAGAAAACAAGACUCACUUCUGGGAUUUGAAUUUCGAGACCCAAAAUGAUAUUAUUGUUGAUUUGGGUCCAAAUUAUUCUCCAUUACUCUUAGAUUUUAUUGAAAAGUGUCUCGUUAUGGAGCAAGAUGAUCGUGCUACUUUCGAAGAGCUUAACGCUCAUGAAUGGAUCACAAAUGGAAGCGGAUCCAAAGAUGAGCUUGUUAAAUGGAUUCAAGAUGCAAACCAAAAAAGAAAUAUUGAUCUUGACGCUCAGAGAAGAUCUCAUGAUGCUCUCUUUGCUCAUUAA